AUGCAGUUGAUUGAACUGUUUGCAGAGCCGCUGGAACCGGUCAACGAGGUUGAUUUCAAAAUUCUCGAAGAGGCGCAAAACAGAAAAAUGGACAGGUUGAUUGGAAUGCUCGAUUUGAAAACAACUGACAGGAUAUUGGAAGUCGGAUGCGGUUGGGGAGCAUGUGCAAUCCGAGCUGUGAAGGUUAGCCAGAAGAAGAGAGGUUGUCCGAAAUCGGAAGACUUUGAUUCCAGAAAAUUCCAGAAAACCCCAUGUGACUGGACUGGAAUCACAAUCUCACAUGAACAACUCGAAUGGGCGAAACGAUUAGCGGCGGAGGCGGAUUUAGAGGAUAAAAUUUGUUUCAAGUACCAGGACUACAGGUUAACAAGUGGCCAAGUAUGA